AUGGUUGGACAUGUUCUCGAGUUCAAGAGUUCUGCUCACAGUAACCUCCUACUCACUCGGCUCGCCGAACUUCGCCGUGACUCACGUCUUUGUGAUGUGACUCUGGUCGCCGAGGGUGUCAAAAUAAACGCUCAUCGAAACGUACUCGUUGCAUGUUCCAAUUACUUUAAAGCCAUGUUCACAAGCGAUAUGGUUGAAAGCCGCAAACAAGAAAUAGAAAUGGUGGACAUGAAAGCCUCAACGCUCGAGAGUCUCGUCAACUUCUGCUACUCUGGUACAAUCAAGAUCAGUGCCAGUAACGUACUGAGUGUUCUGCCAGCUGCUUGCCAACUUCAGUUGAACGAAAUCCAGGACCAGUGUUGUGAGUUCCUGAAAAAUGAAUUGACCACUUCGAAUUGUCUAGGAAUUCGAGCAUUUGCCGACACUUAUGCAUGUCCAAAGCUUUUCCAAUGUGCUAACAAGUAUAUUCUGAAUAACUUCCAGGUGUUCGCAGCAGUAAUGCAAUGGGUCAGGUUCGACAUACGAGAACGAAAACAAUCUCUAUCGAAGCUGAUGGAGCACGUACGACUUCCACUUUGUCACCCGGAAUUUCUCGUGGGUACGGUCAGUGAUAACACGAUGGUGAUGACCGAUGCCGCCUGUCACGAUCUCGUCGAUGAAGCUAAAAACUACCAACUUCUCCUGCUGUCUUCACACGAACGACCAAACAUGCAAGGACCGCGCACUAGACCGCGGAAACCACUGAUUUUCAAGGAAGUGUUAUACGCG